CAGCCAUCAUGGGCCUGAGGAAGAAAAGCAAAAACCCUGCUGUCUUCAGUCAUGAGUUCGUGAUCCAGAACCAUGCGGAUAUCGUGUCGUGCGUCGCAAUGGUGAUUCUGCUGGGUCUGAUGUUCGAGGAUCAAAGAGUUGAACUACAAGCUGUGACUACAGUGAUUAACUAUAGAAGCCUCUGUAUCAGGAUUCCAUUGAAUUGUUCAGUUGCUUGUCAACAUCAGGUUUUGGAUCUACCAGGACGUUGAGGGUCAGCAUCGAAACCAAAGCCGUUAUGUUCAGUCUAUGUCAGGGGCUCCAUUUCAUAGGCCCUGAUCUCAUCUCUUUUCCUAAUCAAACAAAUGCCAUGCAAUCUUGAUGCCCAACUACUCAACCCUCAGCUUUAAGAGCUGCAUCAUCAAGGAUAUCUUAUUUCCACUUCAGGUCACAGCCAAGUUUGCCAUCAUGUUCAUCACUGUACAGUACAAUGUUACACACAUCAAUAUAGACGAGGGAAUUGAUUCUAUCAGCUUCUACGAGUAUGGUUUUAAAGACUUGGCCACCAUAUUUUUUUACAUGUUGAUAGCUAUCAUUCUACAUGCUGUGAUACAAGAAUAUAUUCUGGAUAAAAUAAACAGACGGCUGCAUUUGUCCAAAACGAAGCACAGUAAAUUCAAUGAAUCUGGCCAGCUGGCUUUCUUCUAUUUGCUCUCCUUUAUCUGGGGAGGAAGCAUCCUGACUGGAGAAAAAUUUACAACAGAUCCAACUCUUUUAUGGGAAAGAUAUCCACAUUCUCACAUGUUCUUUCAGGUGAAAUUUUUCUACAUUUGCCAGAUUGCAUAUUGGCUCCACGCGUUACCAGAGCUCUAUUUUCAGAAAGUUAGAAAGGAGGAUAUCGCUCGACAGCUGUACUACAUUUGCCUUUACAUAUUCCAUAUCACUGGUGCCUAUAUAUUAAAUCUUCACCGACUGGGCUUGAUUCUCUUGGUGCCACAUUACCUGGUCGAGCUCUUGUUUCAUGCAUCACGAUUAUUCUACUUUAGUGAUGAAAACAAACAAAAGGGCUUCACUCUCUGGGCUCUACUUUUUGUAAUGGCUCGCCUCCUCACUUUGACUCUGUCUGUCCUCACGUUUGGCUUUGGCCUUGCGAGAGCAGAGAAUCAAGACUUCUCAGUAGCAAAUGGAAAUUUCAACACAUUGACUGUCAGGAUCAGUUGCUUAGCAGCUAUUUGUCUAACACAAGCAUGGAUGAUGUGGAAGUUUAUUAACUUUCAGCUGAAGAAGUGGAGGGAACACACUCAGAAUCAGGUCCCCAGAAAGAAAGUAGCUAAUACCAAGAACAAGCCUUCAAAAAAGGAGUACAAGGCUAAUGCAUCUAAUGGAACAGUGAAGACCGAAAGUGGAACCUCACCACGUGCAAGGAAAGCAAAAGCUUCAUGAAGCUGGAUUUUAAAACAUGGGAAAUCUCUGAAGGGAAAAAAACUGUGAUAAUCACAAGUCUAUUUUAUCCUGUCUCACCCCUAAACCACUCUACUUUCAUCACUAUUUACUGAUCAGAGUCGAGCAAAGAAAGUGAUGGAUGACCCUGUUGAGAGGCUCUCCUUGCAGUCUUAUGAAUGGGAGCAAGAUUUGAAGUCCUACUGUACCAUACAGAACAGCUAUUGGAACAGGCCUCGAGUGGUAAAUGUUCAGCUCUAAUGGGGUGCAUGCCUGCAGUUUUUUUGCUCUUGUCAGUUUUGAGUGGAGGCAGGAGGACUAAAUGAUGGAAAGGUGGCUGUGGUAAUUGGGGUGAGAUAGAAAUCAGCCAAUCGGAUGCCUUUACCAAAGGCUGUUGUGGGCCCCGUUACCAGUGCGAUUGGCAUGAAUUUUGGAAUUCCUAACAGUGUGUUCAGAAUUAAAUAUGAAGAUUGUCUUAUUACCUGGAGACUGGGCCUAUCACAGCUCCACUGAUUUAUUCUUGCAUUGUCUCUUCCCCCUUGCAGUGAGUCUAUUGUGAUGUUUAGAUUUCAAGAAGUGCAAGAACCACCCCCCCCCCCCCCCCCCCCCGAUCCAAACAAACUGUGAAUACAAGUUCAAAUGUAAAAUGUAACUUAGUUCUUCAUUUCCUAAAACUCCUGAAAAAUAACUCCACUUCACCCUGUGUGCCAGUCUCCAUUGUUGCACUAAAGAUAUGUUGAUCUGAAUGAAUCAUUAUGUCCCUGCAGUUAACAAUGGCAUAUUAUUGGAGUGGUGUCCACGCCAUUAUUACAGGCUUUGGCUCUUUUUUUUUGGUAGGUUGGUUGAAUAUGUAAUUGAUUUCUUGCUGUAAAGUUCCUACAGCUUGUUCAGACCAUAGGGUGAGGUUUUUUAUUUAUUUGUUUUUCCCCCCAGAAGGAUUGUUAAAUGCUGCCCAAACUUCUAUGUGAAGUUUUGUUUUACUUCUGUGACUGAGUGUGUAUGUGUGUGUAUUUGACCUCCAACCUUUACCCAUCCCCCUUUAUUCAAGUGUCCUUGAUGUGAAAUGUAAAAAAUGACAAGCCAAAAACAACUGUUACAAGUAUACAGUAACUCAGUUCAAUUGUUUUUCAAGGGGGAGGUUAUUUUUUAAGAAAUUUAUGUUAAAUGAGAAAAUUGGUCCUUUGCUGUCUGUUUGUGUGUUCUCAAUCAUUUUAGUUGCUUCAAGCCCAAAUCAGCAUAGUGCUUUGCCCAUAGAUGCAUGAUGGGGACUGUGCCUUAACUUUGACAAAUGUUGUCUACUUCUGUAGUUUAAACAUGAAAAGGCAUCAAAGUUUAACCAUUAUGCCUAGUCAGUUUCACUGUUGAUUUUUUUCAUCUCAAACACAUGACUUUAGAGCAUUUUUAAACAUUGUUUAUUUUAAUCAAAGAAGAAAUUGUUUUGCUGUUUUAAGAAGUGGUUCUGGAACCAACUUGUCUUAAAUGACACUUGUCACCAGUAGUAUUUUACAUGAUAGUUGUAAAAAUAUUUUAAACCAGAUUAACUUCAAAACACAUUUACUGUGCUUUUCCCUAUAAUAUUUCCUACUAAGAGGCAAUUAAAUGGUAUUACACGCUGAUUCUCUCUGGGCAUUCUCCUAAGUUAGAUUCCUUCUUUAGGGAAAUCUAACAUUCUUACUUUGGGGUAUCUUCAUGGUGUUUCAUAACUAAAGGAUUCGUUAUAGAAUAUGUUUUUAGCUGGCAGCUCCUGUUCAAGUUAUGUGCAUCUUCAAAAAUUACUUUAUACCAAUUGCCCACUCUGACAAAGCUGGAAGAUACCUCCUGUUAAUUUGUGCUUAGUUUCUACCAUGUGCUCCUAUCAACUUUGGUCAAGCCAAUCCCAUUAUGAAAGAUUUUAUACACCUUUAAAAUAGAGCCUUGUAUGUUACCCAUUUGCCUUUCUCAGAAUCCCUUGUACACAUACAUAUGAAAAUCAUAAGCGUUUUUGUGUAUCAAAUCUACCAAACUAGCAUGUAUACAUACAGGCUUACUUUCCCAAAUAUCUGUACCAAAUCAUCAUGUGUACACAUCCUCACUUACUGAAUCGCCUUAUAUACAAGCCUGUGCUGAUUCAUUUGUACUGAAUCAGUGCAUAUACAUUUCAUAUCAUUUUAUCAAACCGCUUGGUGUGUACAGACGUGUUGACCAUGUGCCAUAUUACUGGGUAUGUUUGUAAAAUAAGAAUGCAUACAUGCGCCAAGUAAACUUUUACACACUUCCAUCUACCUAUAUUGAAUCACCAUGUACACAACCAUUUAUUUAUACAAAAUCAACCGUGUGUAUACACUUGUAUAAUGAACCACUGAGUAGAAUAAACUUACCUGUUUUGUCUUUCUAUGCAAAUAGGAAGCUGUAUGGUUCUUGUAAAUCUCUAUGAGCAAUUCCAUGAAUUGUUUCCUAAAACAAAGUUUGAGGUGAAUCCCACUAUUACAUACUGAUUAACACAAUGUGUUGGUGCCUAAAUUGGAGCACAGUCCAAGCUUCUCUCAUCCCUGCCUGCUGCUGUGAAUGUUGCAUGUAGAAUCAACAUACAGGGAGGUAAAAUACUUGAUAAAAGCUGUUAGACGAUCUCAUGCUCUCUUGUUUGGAGUGGAGGAUAAAAUUUCACAUGCUGUCAGUUAAACCACUGUUUUCAGCCUAAUUGUAGUACCCCAGCUCUGUGUCAGUGGACAAUGUUACAGGGACUAUCUUAUUGUUUAUGUUGGAAUAUUUGUAUGCAGACAUUUGUUGCAUUUAGACUGGAAAAAAAUGACUGCUGCUGUGCUUAAUCAGUACUUUAGGGAGACAGGACAUCCUGUGUGACUGACAGGAUGGGCAGAGCUGACCAGAAUAUUGAUCUUAUCCAUGAGGAAAUACUGAAACUCCAAUGAGAUAUCAAAAAGCAGUCAUUUCCCAGUCUAUUUUCUUACAAGUAUGUAUAAAUAAAUUUGAUUGUGUUUUUUUAAGAGGGCGCUAUAUGUGAACAGCAGCUUAAACUUUAUUAUGUUAUGACAUGAAACAUAACCACUUAGCCGGUUACAGUUAAAAUGAGAAUAGUCCUGAAUGUCAGAAGCCUUUCUAAACUCAGUCAUGUAAAUGUAGUUAAUUUGUUUUUCUAAUAUAUUUUGUGAAUCAAUGUAACUGUAACAGUUUCUUGUUCCCACUCCAUUUGCUCUUGUGUUCUAAUGAAUUUGUGACCAGGACAGUGGGAGCCUUUUUUAUUCCUCUGCUGGUACAACAGAAGAUGGUUCAAGGUGACUUUUAUUUAACUUCACAUAGUCAUUUUGUUAUAUUCAGUUGUGAGUUGUAGAACACAGUACCGUGUUUUUGAGUUGCUACUCUAAACAUACCUUCAAUUGCCAAGCUCUUGUGUAAGUAUAUGUUUGGCGGCAGGGUCUUGUAAGUUCAACAUACAUUUUAAAUCUGAUGUUAUAAAACCACUAUUUCUGUAAUCUGGAAAAUAAACUUGUUGCCUCAUCUGUGACAUUUUAAA